GAUGUAAUCAAUUCUCUAUGUUUAAUGUUAAUACCAGCUGUACCUGCACAUACAUAUAAAUGUGUACCUUAUGAAGUGAAAAUCAGCGAUAGUACCUAUCUAAUGUUGAAACCGUCAGUUUCUCUUGGAAAGACUGAAUUGUGACUUGUAAAUAAUCUCAAAUCUGUAAUUUUUAGACUUUCAGUUUGAGUGAGAAAAAUUAAAUUGUGACUUGUAAAAUAAGUAAAUUGUGAAAAUUUGGAUAUUCUGGUAGGUAAACUGUCGAUUUAUUGAAUCCAUAAAAUGGCUAAAAAAUCUUUGUUUAUUUCACGACAUAAUUACCCGUCAAUCAUGUAUGAAUUGCUGCAAGAAAAAUUUGAAAUAGUUGUCUGGAAUUUGGAUAGAAAACCCACGAAAAAUGAAUUGAAAGAAUACGUGAGAGGAAAGUUUGCUAUUAUUUGUACUCCUUACAACACAGUUAUAGACAAGGAAGUUAUAGAAGCUGCUGGAAGUGGUUUGAGAGUGGUUUGCACACAUUCAGUUGGACUAGAUCAUAUGGAUUUAGAGGAAUUGAAAUCGAGGAAAAUUAAAAUCGGGCAUGUUCCCAAUGUCUCUGUUCCAGCUGUGGCAGAGCAUGCUAUAGCUUUGCUUUUAGCAACCAGCAGACGUAUUGUUAAUGCACAUAUUGCAAUUAUGAACGACCAAUGGAAACUAGGUAAAAACAUUUCUGCGUCUCUGCUCGGAACUGGUUUGCAUAAAUCAACAGUUGCAGUUGUUGGAUGUGGUCGAAUAGGCAUAUCUAUCCUUAAGAAAUUGACAAGUUUUGAACCUGAAACUAUUCUUUACUAUGCUCGUAGUAGAAAGCCAGAAGCUGACAAGCUUGGUGCAGAACUUCAGACAUUGGAUUUUAUAAUGAAAGAAAGCGAUUUCAUCAUUGUGGCUUUGGCACAAACUGCUCAAACUAAAGGAAUAAUCAACAGAGCUAGAAUAAGUUCCAUGAAACCAAAUGCAAUAUUAGUCAACAUUGCUCGAGGAGGUUUGAUAGACGAAGAGGCUUUAAUUGAAGCUCUCCAGAAUAAAAAAAUUGGUGGAGCUGGUCUCGAUGUAUUUAGCAAAGAGCCCUUACCUUCUGACAGCCCUUUGAUUAAAAUGGAUAACGUUGUACUUUCUCCACAUAUAGCGGAUCAUACAGACGCUUGUCGUAAUUCUAUGGCUGAGUUGGCAGCUUUGAAUGUGCUGGCAGUUUUAAAUGGAGAUGAAAUGCCUGCUGAAGUGUUAUAAAGUAUGUAGAAAUAUCAGAGAAAAAAGUCAAUUGGUUGCUGUUUUGAUUUAAUAUUUUUUUCAAAAUAAAUAUCAAAAAGUGUAAAAAGAACGGAAUCCUGCUCAUAUUAAAUGUAAUAUGUCUCAGAAUGUUUACAUAGGUAGAUAUAAACAAAAUUUUAUUCAAUGUUGGGAAGUUGAAAAAAAAAGUUGAUAGAAAAACGUUGACCUAUUUUAUGAAACAAAGUUGUUAAUUAUUGAAACCUGAAACGCAUGUGAUAGCGAGAAAAAAAAUUCUGACGGAAGCAAUCAAAGUGUAGAAAGAUAAUAC